AUGGUGAUAUCGUCGUCCACCGGAGAAGGGUCGGUGACUGACUGGCGAAGUGUGGGGCGGCAAUCACUGGAACUGGCGGUCUGCGCUAAUUCCCUGGCAAAGUCUUCAGCUAUGACCUUCGGAUCACGUCGAGACGCGACCGAUAGCGUGACGAGCGUGACACAAUACAAUCCAUACGUAAUCCCGUACGAGAAGGAUGGCCGAAUGCGUGUUUAUGGCAUCAUUGGGUCAGUUGUCGACAACGUUACAAGUGUACUCAAUGUAAGCUAUACCUUAGUUCUUCCAGAAGAUGGGAUGUGGGGAGCCAUUCAAGAAGACGGUUCUUACAAUGGGAUGUUGAAGAUGGUACACGAAAAGAAAGCAGAUAUCGCACUAGGCCCGAUCACGCCCGAUGCCCAGCUGAUGCAAGACUUCCACCAGUCUGCUGUCAACAGCCACAUCUACAUAACAAUUAUGAGUGGAAUGAAGCACCUUACCGAAGCUAACUCCUUAGGCAUUCUACAAGCCUUCGAUUUAAAUGUAAACCCUCUUUAUCGCAUGAGUAUACCGCAUCAUUUCAAUAAUUUCUAUUAUACGACAUGGCUGUUCAUCUCUCUAUCCAUCGUGCUUUUAUCCUUCUUUGCACCUUGCUUUCAAGUCAUAUUCGAAGAAACAGGACCCAAAGUUGAACGGCGUUUUUGGAAGACGCUGGAUUUCAUUUGGACCUCUAUAUCGGCUCUACUCAGACAAGGUGUGGGUGCAAGACGCUGGACGAACAGAACGAAAAUAGCAUUCGGGGCAUGGCUUAUCAGCACUUUGGUGCUGAUGACGUCAUUCACCAGUCUGAUCGUGGCAACCCUCACUGUGCGCUUAUCUGCUCCUAGAAUCGACAGCAUCGAGGACCUUGUAGCCCAGCCCCAUCUUUACCCUGUAGUUCCUAAAGCCACUCAACUGGAAACGCUAUUGGAAACCUCAAAGUCAGAAGUAUAUAAAAAGCUCCAUCAAAUGGUUGUUCAGCAUAACUCCCUGCGGGAAAUUCCUGACCUGUAUAACCCAGUAGUGAUUCGGGACAUCGUGAAUGAAAAGGCAAUCCUCUUACUCGACCGUGUGUCUCCCAAGCUCCAUCUGUCACAACUUUGUCCUUCGCUACACGGCUACUUCCACCUGAGCAAGGAGUACGUCUAUCUAUGGAACAAUGUGUGGCCCGUAAACAAGGACCUUCCCAAGCGGUUCCACAUAGAAAUGGAUAAACGCAUCAAAUGGUGGGUCGAAGGUGGAGUUCCUACUAUGCGCCCGUACGAGUUGCAUCCACCGCGGGCUACCUGCUUCGUUGGAACACACGGGGACACAACGUACAGUUUCGCGACUAUGGGCUUUAAGGACCUCACUACAGUGUUUUAUUUGUAUCUGAUACUCAGCGGUGCGGCCUUUGUUGUGUUCCUUCUGGAAAUAGCGUUGGGGAAAAUGUUCAGAAGAGCGGCGCUGCCGCAGUGAAAGAACACACUUU